AGUGUAAGGGAAGGAAAGUAAUAAAAUACAAAAAAGCUACCAAACUUUCAAAACUGUGUAUAUAUAAAAUAAAGUUGGUAACUCAUGAAGAAAUAUAGGGUGACGAAAAUGAAAGCCACCUAAAUAAAAUAAAACAAAAAAUAUAUAUUACUAGAUUACUUCUCAUCUAGUCCAUAUAGCAAGAGCUCACUAGCUAGGCUCCCCAAUUAAACACUGUUUUUUCUUCUUCCAAUCCCAGCUAUUAACACAACGCUUUCAACUUCGAUUCGACGACACAACAUUUCUUUCAAGUUAUCUAUUUUGGCUCCCCAACUACUCCUCCCUCGUCAACUCUUCCAUUAAUUUGCAUGUAUAAGUUUCAAACCUUUUACAUAUAUUUAGUCUUACUUAAGAAAAAAUAAAUAAUCUUAACUACCACCAGUCCACCUCACGACGUUCCAACCGUUUUCUUACAAAAUAUUAUAUAUCUUUAUAUAUCUCCACUCUCUCAAACACCCCAUUAUUUUUUUUUUCUUUGAUUUUAGCCUCCAUUGAUCGGUAGCUAUGAGGAAUUGCCUAAGGGUUUUACUUCCUCUACUGAUUUCUGGCUUUGUUUGGACCAUCUCUGCCGAUAAUGAUGAUCAGGGUCUUCGUACCGAGAGAAUUUCAGGAAGUGCUGGUGAUGUGUUGGAAGAUAAUCCAAUUGGAAAGUUGAAAGUAUAUGUGUAUGAAUUACCAAGCAAAUACAACAAGAAGAUUCUUCAAAAGGACCAAAGAUGUCUGAACCAUAUGUUUGCUGCUGAGAUUUUCAUGCACAGGUUUCUUCUGUCUAGCCCAGUUAGGACAAUGAAUCCAAACGAAGCUGACUGGUUCUAUACUCCUAUUUACACCACUUGUGACCUUACACCUACUGGCUUACCUUUACCAUUUAAGGCUCCACGGAUGAUGAGAAGUGCAGUUCAACUCAUCUCUUCAAAUUGGCCUUAUUGGAAUCGAACAGAAGGAGCUGAUCACUUCUUUGUCGUUCCCCAUGAUUUUGGAGCUUGCUUUCAUUAUCAGGAAGAGAAAGCGAUUGAACGAGGAAUACUUCCAUUACUGAAGCGAGCUACUUUGGUUCAAACAUUCGGGCAAAGGAACCAUGUGUGUUUGAAAGAAGGUUCCAUUACCAUUCCUCCAUAUGCUCCACCUCAAAAGAUGCAAGCCCAUUUGAUCCCACCAGACACUCCACGCUCCAUCUUUGUCUAUUUCCGUGGUUUGUUCUAUGAUGUUAACAACGACCCUGAAGGAGGUUACUAUGCUAGGGGAGCAAGAGCAGCGGUGUGGGAGAAUUUUAAGAAUAACCCUUUGUUCGACAUCUCAACAGAUCACCCAACCACAUACUACGAAGACAUGCAACGAUCAGUGUUCUGUUUGUGCCCACUAGGAUGGGCACCAUGGAGUCCGAGGCUGGUGGAGGCAGUGGUGUUCGGAUGCAUCCCAGUGAUUAUAGCCGACGAAAUAGUAUUGCCCUUUGCCGACGCAAUUCCAUGGGAAGAAAUAGGAGUGUUCGUGGCAGAAGAAGAUGUGUCAAAGCUGGAUACCAUGCUCACAUCAAUUCCACCAGAAGUGAUUUUAAGGAAACAAAGGUUGUUAGCCAAUCCAUUCAUGAAAAGGGCUAUGAUCUUCCCCCAACGCGCGCAGCCUGGCGAUGCAUUUCAUCAGAUUCUGAAUGGACUCGCCAGGAAGCUGCCUCAUCCCAAGACUGCCUACUUGAAGCCUGAUCAGAAGCUUUUGAAUUGGACUGCAGGGCCUGUUAAGGACUUAAAGCCUUGGUAGAAGAUGACACAGUAAACCCCACAUACAAUUUUUUGUAAAAAGAAAAAUAUAUGAUGAUUUUGUAGAAUGAGAUAAGCCAGUUGGCAAACUUGAAAGAAAUUUAAUUUCAAACAAA